AUGAAGUUCUCAAACAUUCUUGCUGCUACUACAGCUCUUAGUGCAUCAAUUGGUUUUGCAUCACCUCUGCUAGAUGAGAAACGCGAUUUAGUCUGCCUAGCUCAAACUAUUAUCAUCAAUCUCAUCACCUUGAAUCACGGUGAAGCAUUCUGCUCAUCUUAUCCUGGGAUCCAAACCUCAACCAUCCGCACGACAACCACCAAGAAAACUACAACUACUCAGACAUUGCCUCCAGCUGCUGUGACAAUCACCGUGAUGACUGGUACCCAAACUCAAACUUUGACUUCUCUCAUCACCACUUUGGCCACUGCAACCUCUACAGUGGAUACUACUCAAACACUCACGACAACUAAUACGAUCACUAUAACAUCAACCACAACAGGAACUACCAUGAAAAGAUCACCAGAACCACUGAUUAACGAUGUACAACUUGACGCUAGAAAUCCGCCACCAAUUCCUCCAUAUUUGAGUAUAUUCGCAGCUUCUAAGAUAUCAUCGGCUUGCAGUUGUUUGUCAUUGCCAACUCCCAGCACUACCGUAACAUCCACUGUACAACAAACUAGUACUGCGACUUCCACGCCACCUGCUGUCACUUCUCAAGUUCAACCAGUCACUUUUGUCACAGUAACGACAACAGCUAUCAAUACUAUUACUGAAGUUCAAACGCUGACCAACACGAUCUCUACCACCACAGCUGCGACCACAACUACUGCCGUGAUUGUGACAGAAAUUCCAACACCACCUGUAGCCUAUUGCGAUCAAGUGACAAUUCCUGGUCCAUAUUCCUUCCUUUUUGGUGGACCAGCAUACAAUGAGAUCUAG